AGUAGAGACUGGGUUUCACCAUGUUGGCCAGGCUGGUCUCGAACUCCUGACCUUGUGAUCUGCCCUCAACCUCCCAAAGUGCUGGGAUUACAGGUGUGAGCCACUGCGCCCGGCAGUCACACGUGUCUUAUUUGUCACCUCCAUUGUGGAGCAGUUGGCCCACCUUCCGAGGAGUAGGUCCCCUCAUCCCAACUGCAGCCCUACCCCUGGGGGUUCCACUCUGUGUGGGAAUGCCCCUUGUGCCCAGCCCUGGCGCCUUCUUAGGGCGGGAGGUUUUGCUGUCCUUCAUGGAGUUACAAGAGCGGUCAGGGGCCUCCACCCCAGGGUGUGGAUGAGUGGGCUGGGCUUGGUUGUCAGAGCCAAGGUGGCUGCAGCAGGGUCUUCCUCACCCUAAGGUGGCUGUAGAGGCCAUGCAGGGCCGUGCUAGGUGAGGGGAGGAGGGGGUGUGUCUGCCGCAAGAAGGGAGCUGCAGCCGGUAGGAACUUGAACCGCAGAGAGCACUGGGUCAGCCUGUGGGGGGCGGCAAGCAGUGGUCAGGGAAGGCUUCCUGGAGGAGGUGACAUCCUCAUAGGCCUGAGCCCAGGAAGGCUGUGAGAAGGCGAACGGACUUGCAUGGGGGUUUUAGGUGCCCCCCCAACCCCCGUGACUCCAUUUACCAGCGGCUGCGGCGGAGGUCGUCCAAUAUGCUGGAGCUGCGCCAGAGCGGGGGUGGGGGUCCGCACUGAGACGCGGUGCUCGCUGGAGGCGGUUCCUGUCCGGGGUGUGCGUCCGCGUGCAGGGUGCGCGCGUGUCUUGGCCGCGCGUGGCGGCGUGUGCGGCAGGGGCGGGCAGGCGGGCGACUCGGUGACGCGGCCCAAGCGCGGCGCCGAGCGGAGCGGGCGGAGCGGGCCGGCUGGGGCGGAGCGGAGUCGUCCGCAGAGCAGCCCCUCCCGGCCGCGGCCGCCGACCCCGGCCCCCGGCCCGGCUCUAUGGACAGGAGCUCCCUGCUGCAGCUCAUCCAGGAGCAGGUGCGUCGCGGGGUGGUCUGGGGAGCUGGCACCGCCCCCAAUGCGGCCCUCCUGCCGCUGAGCUGAGCUUGUGCAGGACUGAGCUCCCCGAGAGCCCCGCUCGGCACCCACCCCAUCCCUGCACGACCUUGGCUCCUAUGUCUGGGACCCCAGGAGACGGCUGACUGGACCAGGGCUCCUGGCUGGAGAAGGGAGAGUCGGGGGAAGGAAGGGAGGGAGGGAGGGAGAUUGGGCAGCUGGCUGGUCUUGGACCUUGGCCCUCCCCUUCCAGGAUGGGUAGGGUGGAAGACGGGGUAACAGCUGAGGAGCUGGAGGACUGGGACCCAGGCACCAGUGCCCUGCCAGCUCUUGGGAUCAAGCAGGGUCCCAGGGAACAGGCAGGCACGGGGCCCCUGUCCCAAAAGUGCUGGGAGCCUGAGCCUGAUGCUCCCAGCCAGUCUGGCCCAGCCCUUUGGUUCAGGGGUCGGGCACACACUCAGGCCUUGGCUGGCGGCUCCUCACUGCAGCAGCUGGACCCCGAGAACACAGGCUUCAUCGGUGCGGACACCUUCGCUGGCCUGGUGCACAGCCAUGAGCUGCCCCUGGACCCGGCCAAGCUGGACAUGCUGGUGGCCCUGGCUCAGAGCAACGAGCAGGGCCAGGUCUGCUACCAGGAGCUGGUGGACCUGAUCAGCAGUAAGCGCUCCAGCAGCUUCAAGCGGGCCAUUGCUAAUGGACAGCGGGCACUGCCCCGGGACGGGCUGCUGGAUGAGCCAGGCCUAGGUGUCUACAAGCGGUUUGUGCGUUACGUGGCCUAUGAGAUCCUGCCCUGCGAGGUGGACCGCCGCUGGUACUUCUACCGUCACCGCAGCUGCCCACCCCCCGUGUUCAUGGCCUCGGUCACCCUUGCCCAGAUCAUCGUGUUCCUGUGCUACGGGGCCCGCCUCAACAAGUGGGUGCUGCAGACCUACCACCCCGAGUACAUGAAGAGCCCCCUCGUGUACCACCCUGGGCACCGUGCCCGUGCCUGGCGCUUCCUCACCUACAUGUUCAUGCACGUUGGGCUGGAGCAGCUGGGGUUCAACGCUCUCCUGCAGCUGAUGAUCGGGGUGCCCCUGGAGAUGGUGCACGGCCUGCUCCGCAUCAGCCUGCUCUACCUGGCAGGCGUGCUGGCAGGCUCCCUAACCGUCUCCAUCACCGACAUGCGGGCCCCGGUGGUGGGAGGCUCCGGCGGGGUCUACGCCCUCUGCUCAGCACACCUGGCCAACGUCGUCAUGAACUGGGCUGGGAUGAGAUGUCCCUACAAGUUGCUGAGGAUGGUGCUGGCCUUGGUGUGCAUGAGCUCCGAGGUGGGCCGGGCCGUGUGGCUGCGCUUCUCCCCGCCGCUGCCCGCCUCGGGCCCGCAGCCCAGCUUCAUGGCGCACCUGGCGGGCGCGGUGGUGGGGGUGAGCAUGGGCCUGACCAUCCUGCGUAGCUACGAGGAGCGCCUGCGGGACCAGUGUGGCUGGUGGGUGGUGCUGCUGGCCUACGGCACCUUCCUGCUCUUCGCCGUCUUCUGGAACGUCUUCGCCUACGACCUGCUGGGCGCCCACAUCCCCCCACCGCCCUGACCGGCUACCUGAGGCUGCAUAGGCCAGGGCUCGGCAUGUGGUGGCCGCCCACCAGGGGCCUUCACGUCUGCCCUUUGUGAACGGACAUCUCAGGGCUGCUGUGCCCCUUGGGUGUGGGUGGCCUCAGAGGAGACCCUGUCCCAGCCACACCCCUACCCCCAGGACUUGCAGUCUGAGCCUUUUUGGAUAAUUAAUAAAUAUUUUACACAGCA